GAGCCAGCCACAGCUCUGUACCCUAGCUCGGGGAGGGAGGGGGGUCAGGGUGCAGCUCUGCCUAAUGAAGCAGAGGACACUGUGUGUCCCCUCCGGGCUGUGUCUGUGCUGCUGGGGGGAAUGCAAGGGACAUGGCGGGCUGGCGCAGGUCCCUCCUGCGCAGCGUUCCUGUCAUGUGCUUUCGAACCCUCUGGUCUCAUUUCCAAAAAAGCAUUUCCUCCUGCUGUGGUCACAUAUAAAAGCCUGCUUGGGGAGGGCUGGUGCUCAUUCAUCACACGUCGUGCAGCAGCAAUGGGGCGUGGGGGAACCCUGCACUGAGUCUCCCCCGCACUGGGGGCCCCGUGCUCUGUUGUGCCCACCCCUGUCACACGGCAUGACCCAGCUGUGCCGGCUACAAGGAUGAAGCACCGCUGCCCAGGGGCGGCCUCGGUGCUCCUGGCAGUGCUGUGGCUGCUGGCCAGCGGAUCACAACCCCCGGGCUGCCAGGACUGUUCCAUGCUACGCAGCCAGCAGGGCCUGGUGCUCCCAUCCACCCGCACUCGGAGGUCCACCGUAAAGUCCUGCCCCUCUGGGAUGAGCUGGAUCCGUUCAGUUGAUCGGUGCUGUAACCAGUGUCCCCCAGGGACAUUCCUGCAAACCCCCUGCACGAGCCAUGGAAAUGACAACAUCUGUGUAGCCUGUCCUGCCGGCACCUUUCUCUCCCACCCCAACACCCGCCCCAAGUGCGAUGCUUGUUACACGUGUGACCAUCAAACUUUCCAGACUGUGGUGAGCAACUGUUCAGCCACCAGCAACAUCGCCUGUGGCUGUGAGUCUGGCCACUUUCGCGAGUGCCAAAACAAGGAUGACUCCUGCAGUGACUUCUCCUGCAAGAAGUGCAAGACCUGCCCUGGGAAACUGCUCCUGCAGCCCUGCUCAGACAGGCAAGAUGCACAGUGUGGGAGCUGCAAGCCUGACUUCUACGCCGAAGGCAGUGAGUGCCACCCAUGCCACAUGAGCACCCCGGAGACAUGCGGCGAGGAGUGCCAGCGGGUGUGUGGCCACCGUGCCCGAGGCUCAGGGCUGGAGUACAUCCUGCUGGGCCUUACCGGGCCCCUCUUCCUGGGUGCCCUUGCCAUCUAUCACAAGCGGAAGCGACUCCAGAUGGAGACCCCAGCAGUCAGCCCCCUCCCUACAGUCUCACACUGGGACUGCUCUGGCCCCACAGCCUGUAUGCACUCCAUCACCCAGAGGGCUGCAGCAACAGAGGUGGUGCAGUGCCAGGUGUGGGAGCCUGGCCCCAGAAUGGCGAGGAGGAGCUCCGAGUCCUCGGCCUUGCUGCACCAACAACCCAGCAGAGCAGCAUUGCCCAACAGCACCACAGAGCCCUCGGUGCCCCAGGAGCCCAGCACAGUGCACAGCCCGGCCCCACCACUCAGCAGCCCCCAGCACUGUGCCCUGCUGCAGGGCAGCCAGCUCUACGCUGUCAUCAAUGCAGUGCCGGUGCGGCGCUGGAAGGAGUUCAUGCGGGUCCUGGAGCUGCGGGACACAGAGAUCGAGCUGGUGGAGAUGGAGGUGGCACCGUUCCGCGACCGGCAGUACGAGAUGCUGAAGCGCUGGUGCCAGCAGACCAGUGCCACGCUUGACCGCAUCUUUGCUGCCCUGGAGCACAUGGAGCUGUCGGGCUGCGCUGAGACACUGCGCCAGAGCCUGGCAUUGGGACCCUGAAUUCAUGUCCGCAAAGAGGUGACACAGCACCAGCGGCUGCCCCAGAGCCCUCCUGGCUGCACUGUGCCCCCAUCAGCAAAGUGAGCGGAUCCGGCGCCACGGAGUGCCCUACCACUAAGUAUUGUUACUUAUGCUGUGUAGACAUUUUAUGUCAGUUAUCUGGACUGCAGGCUCAGGCUGCAGGAGCAGGACAGAACUCAACUUCUGGGCCACUCACCCACCCCUAUUUAUGUCCUCUUUCUCCCGGGACCCCGUGCUGCUCGCAGGACGAGCAGGCACCGACCCCGCUGCCAACCCAUGGGAUAGUUCUCGAGGCCACCCAGCUGGUGCACAUGGGUGGGCCUGCCCCUGCCCCAAUAAAGUGGUGUGUUCUCCA